CGGGCGCAGGGACGAUGCAGGGGGUGGCUGGGGCCCCGGAUCCCAGCCCAGGCUCUGGCCUGAACGACUUGGGGCCGGUGGUCUUGCAGAGCCAGGGGUGACCCCCUCGCAGCCCCGCCAGGGGAGGGAGCCCCCAGGAGGGCACAGCUGCCGCCCCAGCAGGCUCCCCAGCCUGGUACCCUGCUGGACCCAGUCCAAGCCCUGCUGCAGCUCUGCUCUUGAGGGCCUUCAGGGGGCAACCAGGCCUGCUCCAACCCCUCUCCACAGAUGGAGACGGCGGUCGUGGUCUCCACUGUGCUGGAGCUCCUGCUGCUGCCCCUCUUAGCUGUGCUGCUGCUGGCCCUAUGUCUGCGUUGCCGCGAGCUGCCAGGCUCGUAUGACAGUGCUUCCUCAGAUAGUCUGUACCCAAGUAACAUAGUGGUCAAGCGGCCUCACACUCUCGCCCCCUGGCCACCUGCCAACUCCUACCCACCCGUUACGUCUUACCCACCCCUGAGCCAGCCAGACCUGCUCCCCAUCCCGAGAUCCCCACAGCCCCCCGGGGGCUCCCACCGGAUGCCAUCUUCCCGGCAGGACUCAGAUGGCGCCAACAGUGUGGCGAGCUACGAGAAUGAGGAGCCAGCCUGUGAGGACACAGACGAAGACGAGGAUGAGGAAGACUAUCACAACGAGGGCUACUUGGUGGUGCUUCCCGACAGCACCCCAGCCACCAGCACUGCUGUCCCACCAGCUCCUGUGCCCAACAACUCAGGCCUCCGAGACAGUGCUUUCUCCAUGGAGUCAGGCGAAGAUUACGUGAACGUUCCCGAGAGUGAAGAGAGUGCCGAAGCAUCUCUGGACGGAAGCCGGGAGUAUGUGAAUGUGUCCCAGGAGCUGCAGCCUACGGCCAAGACUGAGCCUGCCACCGCAAGUUCCCAGGAGGUGGAGGAAGAAGAAGAAGAAGAGGAAGGAGCUCCAGACUAUGAGAAUCUAUAAAAACUUAACUGAGGACCUGGUAAGGCGAGUCUGCCUGGAGCCAGCCUUGUGGGAUGGCAGAGCUGGGCAGCCGGAAGUGGCUCUGGGCGCCUUGGCUAUGCCUUCGUUCCAGCCUGAUAUCAGCCUGAGAAUUUCCCCCUAACUUAUUGUCACUUUGGGGUCCAGCUUGUGUUCCCCCAACACUCUGCACCUUCUGACGCAGCCUGAGAAUGGACUACCCUAGCCCCAGCCCUACUCUUUGACAUAGAAUAAAGGCUGGUGUGGUCUGUAGCUCUCUUGGCUUUGGUGGGCCUGGUGGCUAAGGGUGGGGUGUGCUGAGUGUCUACGUGUGUCUGUGUGAAUCUGUGAGUCAGAGGCUGUCUGGAUAGAUCUGCGUGUGUGUGAAUGUGUGUGUGUUUCUGUGGGUCUGUUCAGUCUGUGUGUCUCCAUCCUUCUCCACAAGGGCUCAGUGCUUCUGAGGGGCCUGGCCAGGUAUUGUAUGACUGAGGGUAGAUGAUGACUAGGGCAGGCUGGCACUUUUGCAUUCCCCAUGAGAAACAGACAUGGCAGGCAAGAUGAUUGCUGAGCAGGCGGGAGAGUGGGAUGUGGAGGACGGCCCUGGGUGGGAGUGGCUGGCCAGAGCGAGUUCCUUCUCCACUGGUCCUCAGUUUCUCCUUUUUUAAAACAAGGGGGUGGACCAGGAGACCUCCAAGGGCUUUGGUAGUUCUUACCUUUUGUGAUUUUUCAUUAAAACAGAACUUACAAAAUUGUCUAAAACGUUAAAUGUUGUUAGUCGGCUCUCGGGUUGAUUCCAACUCGUAGCAACCUGUGUGACAGAGUAGAACUGCCCCAUAGGAUUUUCUAGGCUGUAAUCUUAUGAGAGCAGAUCGCCAGGUCUUUCUCCCACAGAGUUGCUGGUUUGGUUUGAGCUCCCAACCUUUUGGUUAGCAGCCAAGUGCUUAACCACAGCAUUAAUAUAGACGGUGGCACUUUCAAAAUUUUGAUGUGCAGACAGAUCACCUGGAGAUCUUGUUAAAAUGCAGAUUCUUAAUGUUGUUUUUACCUGGCCAGGAUUCAUUUCCCCUUAUUUUGGGAGAUUCACCUCAGUUUUCCUCUGGGAUCCACUCCUUCCCCAAUCUCAUCCCAUGUGGUUUUAGAGAUUGUUGACUACCUCCUACCUCAGGGUGAGCACAUGACCCAGACCUGGACCAUCAUGACCGUCCUUUCUCCUGGUCAUCAUGAUUGGUUCAGGUAUGGGCAUGUGACGCAAGCUGGGCCAAUGAAAAGCAGCCUUGAGAUUUGGGCAGGAGGUGAUGGGGAGAAGCUCUUAUUUAUUUAUUUAUCUCACCCCAGUAAAGCUAAUGUAGAGGGCAGCAUGGCCUAGAGAGAUGGACAGGGCCAGGUUCCUGGUAGUGUCAUUAGAACUCAUGGGUCCAGUCUCACCUGAAAUGAGACCUGUCCCCCAACCAAGACUUCCCAGUUACAUGGCCCAAUAAAUUACCAUUUUCUUCAACUGACUUGACGUGUGGUUUCUGUCACAUACAACCAAAGUAGUCCUGAUUGAUACAUAAAGUUGUUGGCAGUCCUCUGUGGACUCCAAAGGUGUUAACAACAGCUUCUCCUUGUAGAGCACCUACUGCAUUUACAUGCUUAUGUAAUCAUCUUGACAAGCCUAUUGUCAGUUACUGUCGUCUCCAUUUUGCAUGUGAGGGUAAAAAGGCUCAGAGAAGUGAAGUGACUUGUCCAAAGGCACACAACUAAAGAGGCAAGUCUGGGACUAGAUCAGCAGCUUUUGGCCUCGAAUCACCUCCUCUUUCUGGUUACCCUACAAAGUGCCACUGUCCUGCACGGGGGAGCUUAUAAGAACCCCGAUGGGAGAAGAUGGGGGAGUAAGGGCUUGGGAAGGGAGCUGGACAGGUUGGACAUAAACAGGUGGAGUUAAAUAAUUUUAUUUGGAGGAAAUAGGGGCAGAGGUGUCUUAGUCCCUGGGCUGAGGGACACAGAAUUGUUCACCAACAAGAUAUGUUGGUAGGACCACUAUGGAGAAUAAUCUAGCAACGUAUAGCAAAGCUGAAGGUGCGUAUUUCCUUUGACUUAGCAAGUUCCUGGGUAUAAACCCUGACAAAUCCUACCCCACAGCUCCAGGAGGCGAGUAUGAAAAGGUUUAGGGCACCAUUGCGAUGGCCCACACCUGGAAACAUGCCCAUCAGCAAUCAACAAACUGUAGUAUGCUCACACAAUGAUACUCGACAGCAGAUAAAAAUGAGUGAAUCGGAGCAACACCCUCCAACAUUGAUGAAAUUCAUCAACGUAAUGUGGGGUGAAAAAAGGAAAGCAAGUGCUUUUGUGAAGUUACAAACGUGUCAAAAUGAUAUGUACUGUUUGGGGAUACACAUAUGUGGAAGAGUAUCAAGAUAGGUAGGAGGAAUGAGGAAUUCAGGACAGUGGUAGCGUGAAGUGGGGGGUGAGGAAUGAUGUUGUGGCCAAGUUCAAGGCAGGCUUCAGUGAUAUUUGUAAUGUCUUAUUCUUAAGCAGGGUGGGGUAUGUGAGUGUUUGAUGUAUUAUUCUUUAAGUGCAUGUCUGAUUCAUUUCAUAAUAACGAAGAGUGGGGAGUGAGAACUUUGUCUUGAGCCCUGUGGGCGGCCUCUGGAGGGUUUGGAGCUGAGGACAACACGAUCAGGUUGGUGUGUUAGCAAAAAUGUAUGGCUUGGUUGACCUCUUGUGAGGGCAGUUAAACAAGAGGCAGGAAGACUACUGAGGAGGUUGUUGGCGAAAUCUAACUGAAAAACGGUGGGGCGGCCAAAGACGUGGCAGGGGGGAUGGACAGAGGUGUAGAAUUAGGAGGUGUUUGGGAGA